AUGAAUGGCCUUUACAUCCUUAUUCCUGAUACGUCUCAUAUGCUCGCUGCUGAGCACCCCCCUCGCGAAAUGAGUACUCCCGCGCUUUCGGACGACACUGGCAGCUGCUCUUCACGCGAAAGCUCUCCGCCCGCUACACCCGUCUCUGGACUCAGCCGUGCACCAUCUAUCUCUUUUGAUGACUAUUGUCAGCAUAUACCCACUGGCGACGGCACGGACAUCGGUAUCGAACCAGACGCGGACUACUCGCUACCAGAAGACAUUUCCCGUCUCCUCAAACGGGGAAGGUUGGCGGACACAAGCACUGAUGAAGUCCGCGCAGAGAGGCCGCUGCCGCCUGAUAUUUGGAGCGACGCGACCAGGGCCGAUGACGGCGCGUUCUUCGGUCUUGGCCAUAUACCCAACAGCGACUGCACAAGUGUCGGGGACGUCGAGCCCGAUGCAGUGGAUCCGUCACUAGAAUACGUCUCCCGUCCGUUGAAACGGAAGCGAUGCGCGGACACAAGCACCUAUGAUGUUCGCGUAAAGAGAGCGCGGACGUCUGGCACUUCGAGCGGCGCAACUAAGGCCGAGGACCGCGCUUGUUUCGGUCUUGGGCAUAUUUCCACUCACGACUACACGAAGAGUAGGGUCGUCGACCCGGAUGCUGUUCACGUGGUCCACCCCCGUAUUGACCUAUACGUGCCACUUGAAGCCACCGCGCGCCCGCCGAAGCGAAAACGCUGUGCGGACCCGACGACCGAUGAGGUCCGUAUAAAGAGAAGGCGGUUGUCUGACAGUCCGAGCGACGCGUCAAAACUCAAGGAUGGCGAUCUUUUUGGACCUCACCCUCGAUGCAUGAUUACGGGCUACGUGUCUGCUGAGGUGGAGGCGUGCUACAUCCUGCCUCCCGACACGCCCCAACCGUUAGUCUACACAUACCACGUCAUCGCAGAGGAUGAGCACCCUGCAGACUCGGGCAACCCCAGGGAUGAUACCACUACGCCUCCAGUUGCGACGGCUACUGGCUCGUAUCGCUCGCUGGGGUGGCAUGACCUGAGUGCAAAUCUGCAUCUGAUGACAGUUCGAGUGGGUCGUGAAUUCAUCAAGCGACCGCUCCACUACCAGCAC